UCAUCGCCGCCCAUAGCAUCCCGCCUUAGAUGGCCAUGCUCGCCGGGGCCGCAUCCCUCAUGGCCUCGGCCUCCGAGGUGGCCGAAGCGGGCGGCGACCCGGCCGUUCUCCACGCGGUCCUGGUCAAGACCGCCUCGUCUUCCCGCGCCGCCUACAACCUCCUCCUCUCCCGCUACCCUCCGUCGCUCUCGCUGCCCUUGCUCUCCCGCCUCCCGUUCCGCCCCACCGCCGCCUCGCUCACCUCCUCGCUCUCCUCCCUCUCCGCGUCCUCCCCGGCCUCCGCGCUCCCGCUCCUACGCCGCGUCCUCGGCAUGUCCUCGGCCCUCCUCGCCGACGGCCCGCUCUCCUCACUCCUCCGCUCCAUGACGCCGUCCCUCGCACCGCUCGUGCACGCCCUCGCCUUCAAGCUCGCCCUCUCCUCGUCUCCUUAUUCCGCCUCGUGCCUUAUUACCCUAUACUCCCGAGCCCGCUCCCCCGCGUCCGCCCGCCACCUGUUCGAUGAAAUCCCCGUUGCAAAUCGGGACCCCGUCUGCUACUCUUCCACGAUUGUUGGGCUCGCACAGAACGGGCAGUACGAAGAAUCUCUUUCUGUGUUCGCUGGUAUGCGCGCAAAUGCUGUUGAUUCUACCAUGUAUGCACUGUCCGGUGCUCUCCGUGCCGCUGCAGGGCUUGCUGUGCUGGAGCAGACUUGCGGGAUUCAUGCGCAUGCGCUGGUGGUUGGGCUUGAUGGAAAUGUGGCUGUUGGGACCGCGCUGGUGGAUGCUUAUGGUAAGGCUGGAGUUGUGGGUGAUGCAGCGAAGGUUUUUGAGGGGUUGGGCGGUGAUCGGAACCUAAUCACAUGGAAUGCGGUGCUGUCUGCUCACGCUCAGCAGGGAGAUGUGCAAGCCGUCAUUGGGCUGUUUAACCAGAUGAUGGAGCUGGGUUUUGCUCCUGAUGGGCUAACAUUCCUUGCUGUUCUCACGGCUUGUAGUAAUGCCGGAGCAGCCACUGAAGCUGAGUUUUGGUUGGAAGCAAUGCAGUCGAAGUACAGUGUGAAGCCUGGCCUUGAGCAUUAUACUUGCGUGGUGGGUGCAAUGGCACGGGUGGGGCGUCUAGUGGAUGCAGAGAGUGUUGCUUGUACAAUGCCAUGCAAGCCAGAUGCAGCAGUGUGGCGGACACUUCUGAUGGGCUGUGUGGUUCACCGCAAGGUUGACAUGGCAGAAUCUAUGGGACAGAGGCUUCUGGAGAUUAAUCCCAAGGAUGACUCAACUUAUGUCAUGCUUGCCAACGUGUACUCAGCAGCUGGGAAAAAGAAUGAGGAGGCUGAGGCAUGGACUGCAAUGAGGGACCGUGGAGUCAGGAAGGAAGGUGGCCGGAGUUGGAUUGAGGUCAGAGGGCGGGUACAUGUGUUUGUUGCAAAUGAAAGAAGGCAUGAACAGCUGCUAGAGAUAUAUGACAAGCUGAAUGAAUUGGUUCAAAAGGUAGAGAAGUUAGGGUACAAGGAGGCAGAUGAGGGUUUCUGGCAUCAUAGUGAAAGAUUGGCCCUUGCAUAUGGGUUGAUCAGUGGUGCUGCACCAUCAGGAAAGGUGUUGAGAAUAGUUAAGAACUUGAGAAUAUGUGCUCAUUGUCAUGAAUUCUUCAAGUAUGCUAGCAUGGUGAUCGACAGAGUAAUUGUAGUACGGGAUGUUAAUAGGUACCACACAAUUAAGAAAGGUGAUUGCAGCUGCAGAGACUACUGGUGAAACACAUAUAUCCUGAGGACAAACUAUGAUGUACUAAUGAGCUGGUGUCGCAACGCCGCGGCGCGACAGGGAGGACCGAGAAGAUGGAAUGGAAGAAGGUAGGGUCCAAGGGAGGUGGCUAUGGCUACCUACAAAAGGCAGCAGGCAGCGAUUUACGGUGGCGGCAGCACUGCAUUACAUUGUGGAGAACUGGAGAUGGAGAAGAAAGAAUCAACAACCAAGGAGAGAGAGAGACGACGGCAGUCGCGUGUGCACUGCGCAAUGCCAUGUGCAUGCACUGAUUAGCUAGGCUAACCCUUACGUGGGCCGGAUGGAUUAGCAAAGUCAGGCUCGCUCGGAAGCCCAUCGGCAUCAUUUGUCUCUUGCUAGUGAUGGAAGGACUGACGUAACAAGGAAGCCACUUAUCAACUUUGUUGCUGCAUCUGCAGCUAGUCUUUUUUUGAAGAACAAAGAUUACAUGGCAAAAUUAUUUCUCAACACUGAUCGUGCCGUGACAUGUCAUGCUCGUGCAGUGCUAGGGUCGACCCGCUCGUUUGGCCAACUAUAUAUAAUCUGUUCCAUCUUC